CAGCAACAACAACGAACGCCGUCAUGACCGUGGCCCAGCUGCAGCACCGCUUCGCGAGCGGCCUCCCGCGGAACCGCGUCGGCGUCUGCACCGCCCUCGCCGGCACCGGGAACCUCGACCUCCUCGCUGCCGCGAGGAGGUCGGGCUGCCCCUGGAGCCACCGCACGGCAGCGGCGGCGGCGGAGGGAGGGCACCUGCACGUGCUGCAGUGGGCGAGGGCCGAGGAGAACGGUCGUUGCCCCUGGCACGCGAAUACCGCUAUGGCUGCGGCGGGGGGGGGACACCUGCGGGUGCUCGUCUGGCUGCGGGAGAACGGGUGCGACUGGGACGAGUACACCUGCCGCAAGGCCGCUUCGGGAGGACACCUCGAGGUCAUUCAAUGGGCGAGGGCGAGCGGCUGCGCGUGGAGCGAGGCCACGUGCAGCAGGGCGGCGAGGGGAGGACACCUCAACGUUUUAAAGUGGGCGAGAGAGCACGGAUGCCCCUGGGAUGCAUCGACGUGCAUGGCUGCCGCCGAAGGCGGCCACCUUGACGUCUUGCAGUGGGCGAGAGAGCAGGACUGCCCGUGGGACGCGCGCGUCUGCCGAGCUGCGGCGCAGGGCGGGCACCUCCACGUGCUAAAGUGGGCCCGAGAGAAGGGCUGCGCCUGGGACAAACAGGCCUGCGCGGGGGCCGCCCGGUGGGGGCACCUGGGCGUCUUGAGGUGGCUGAGGUCGCAGGACUGCCCGUGGGACGAGGACACCUGCACGGCGGCUGCGGAGGGGGGGCGGCUGGGGGUGCUGAAGUGGGCGCGGGCGCACGGGUGCCCCUGGGAUGAGAACACGGCUCGGACGGCGGCCAUGUGCCGGAGGAGACGGGUGCUCGCAUGGUCCCGGGCGAACGGCUGCCCGGAGUAGUAUGUGGCCACCAACGAACGAUAUUCUUUGGAGGCGAUACGCAAGUGGUGCGUGCCACUGUGGAGAAUUCAUUAUCCCCAAUGUAAGUAGUCUUGGGAGGACAGGUGCCGAGUAGACUUUGCAUACGCGUGUGGAGUAUUGUUCUGGUGAAGUCAGGUGUUUUUGUAAAUCCGCUGGAAUGAUGUAUGAGUGCCGGAAUGAAGGUGUUGUUUCGUAUGACCGCGAGCUAUGUUGGCGUACUUGUUGAACGGGUUUUCUUGUGGAGCGGGGCGACGACCAGCUCCCGCUCACGGAUCGGAGAGGUCGAUCUUGUAUACAGUAAAAAUAUGAAUAUGGUAACAGAAACGAUGGUGGUGGUCCUUGGUACGCUAAGUUACUCGUGUUGUCCAUUGUGCUCUCUGGUAUAUUUCCAAUUUUGUGUUUCAAAGGCAUCGAUUAAGGUACCCACACAUCUGAGAGACUGUACCCCAAUCUCUGGACUCAGUUUCAGACAGUUGGUGUGCAGGGGUAAUAACCUGGCCGUCGCUAUUGCGGAACUUGCGGAAGGAUGAGCUUACUUAGUCAGUCUGUCGACGCUGCGAGGUGGUCAUACCUCCUCUGAUGCGGAACAGGCGUAAGCUUACUGCCACCGGUCUGUCCAAGGGCGCACGAGGGGGUGUCGAUACCAAGCCUCGGGUUGGUUCAACAUUGAACGUAACAACACGCCGAACGGAGGCUGACAGUCCCCCAACACGCUGUGCGGCAGCUUCAACGCUGCUAGUGACCAGGAAAGGCUCAUGCGUGAAAGUGCAUCGAUAGCCCGCUCAUAGAAAUCGCUUAAACCGAAUUAUUGCUGUAACAGCGUAGGACGCUGGCGUCUGCAUUGCUUGCUGUUAGCUGGGGCGGGAUGAAGUACUGCUGUCAGUCCUUGCUCUUCAGCGUCCUCGCGGUUGGUAUAGCCGUGACUGUGGGCCCCCUCUUUCCCAGCCUGGAACCCAACAAAGCAUACGAGGAGCACGUUGAAGCUCAAGUCUACACGCAACCCGGCUGAUGAACAUGGUGCAGAUGCCUGCAUAUCGAACGAGGUCGGCAUCUCUGUGUGUUCGUUCCCAGAUUUUCAUCGCGACACGUGCGGACCACGAGUGGAACCCGUUGAAAUCAGGCAAAGAGGCGAUGCCUACAACCCGCCCCCCC